UUAGGCUCGGUGCCAGGGCCAAGGGUUAGGGUUUUAGGGUCAGAGCCACGGCCCAGGGUUAGGGUUUUAGGGUCAGGGCCUGGGCCCAGGGUUAGGUUUUUAGGGUCAGGGCCCAGGGUUAGGGUUUUAGGGUCAGAGCCCAGGGUUAGGGUUUUAGGGUCAGGACCCAGGGUUAGGGUUUUAGGGUCAUGGCCCAGGGUUAGGGUUUUAGGGUCAGGGCCCUGGGUUAGGGUGAUUUCCAGGAAGUGACCUCACAGUGACUCAAGCUACCACUUACUGUUGAUUGUGAUGAAAUGCCAGCUGAGGCACAUGCCUUGGGGGCUAAGUGGUUGCUGCCCUUGACUACUAUGAAGACUGGUGUGGGAAGGGUCGCUUUGGAUGCACUUGAGCGGGGGUCCCCAACCCCUGAGCCAUGGAGCCGUAAGGAGCCACACAGCAGGUGAGUGGUGUCGAGUGAGGGAGUGAGGGAAGCUUCGUCUGUAUUUACAGCCACUCCCCUUUGCUCACAUUCCCGCCUGAGCUCCACCUUCUCAGAUGAGCAGCAGCAUUAGAUUCUCAUAGGAGAACGCACCCUGUUGUGAACCGUGCAUGUGAGGGAUCUAGGUUGCGCUGUUCUUAUGAGAAUCUAAUACCUAUUGAUCUGUCACUUUCUCCCAUCACGCUCAGGUGGGACCAUCCAGUUUCAGGAAAACAAGCUUAACACGCCCACUGAUUCUACAUUAUGCUCCUACCUCCCGGCAGCCUCGCCAGGCCCAGAACUCUCUCCAGUCAGCCUCUACAGACCAAGCUCAUGACUCACAAUGGCCUAUUUAGGCCCAUACCCUACCUCACGGCAGUCUCCACAGAUGAGCCUACUGCCUCACAACAGCCUCCACAGGCACAGCUCCAUCGUUACAAUGGCCUCUUUAGACCCAGCUCCUGCCUCCCAGCCUUCUCUCCAGGCCCUGAACUUUCUCCGUAAGUUGAGGUAGCUGGGACUGUAGGUAUACAUGACGAUACUUGGCUAAUCUUUAAAUUGUUUUGCAGACAUGGGGUCUCACUUUGUUGGCCAGGCUGGUGUCAAACUAAUGGCCUCAAGUGACCCUUCCACCCCUGCCUCCCAUCCUCGAGGUAUGUGCCACCACAAGGGGCACUUGUUCAAUUUUCUAAAGAAAAAAUUUCUAAAGUAAGGCUGUGGGAUGAUGGCAGGAAGAUAAAAGAAAAACAGAAGAAUAAGUUAAAAUGACUUAUUCACACAUAUUCUUUUGACAGCAAGAAGAACUUUUAGUAUAUACAUUCCUUACAAACAAACAAACGGCAGAUAAACAAUGUUGUAUAGGAACUUCAACACACACUGUACAAUAUUCCCACUUUGCUGACAUAAGUUAUGGAAAUUUCGUGGUUUCCUUGAGUGUCGCUAGCAGUAUUUUGCUUCUCUGAUGAUUUUUAUCAACUUCCUCAUCUGUUAACUUCUCUCCAAAGUAUGUCAUGUCACGACAUACUGCCGCUGCACGAACACGGGCAGUGUCUUCCUAUUAAACAUGUAGAAUGCUUUCCUAACUUCUCUUUUUACUCUCUGUCUUUGUGUUCUGCAUUUUCCUUACUUUUAUUGUCAGAAACUCCAGAAAGUCAAUCGUACUAAUUUAUCACGAUUUGCUUUAUUAAUUUAUACUAUGCUUAUAUGGAAUUUUGCCCAACAGACCUCAUUACAAUUUGGGCCAGGGCCCAGGGUUAGGGUUGUUUCAGGGUCAGGGCCAGGGCCCAGUGUUAGGGUUGUUUUAGGGUCAGGGCCAGGGCCCAGGGCUAGGGGUGUUUUAGGGUCAGGGCCAGGGCCCAAAGUUAGGGUUGUUUUAGGGUCAGGGCCCAGGGUUAGGGUUUUAGGCUCAGGGCCAUGGCCCAGGGUUAGGGUUUUAGGCUCAGGGCCAGGGCCCAGGGUUAGGGUUUUAGGCUCAGGGCCAGGGCCCAGGGUUAGGGUUUUAGGGUCAGGGCCAGGGCCCAGGGUUAGGGUUUUAGGCUCAGGGCUAGGGCCCAGGUUUAGGGUUUUAGGUUCGGGGCCAGGGCCCAGGGUUCGGGUUUUAGAGUCAGGGCCAGGGCCCAGGGUUAGGGUUUUAGGCUCAGGGCCAGGGCCCAGGGAUAGGGUUUUAGGAUCAGUGCCAGGGCCCAGGGUUAGGGUUUUAGGGUCAGGUCCAGGGCCCAGGGUUAGGGUUUUAGGGUCAGGGCCAGGGCCCAGGGUUAGGGUUUUAGGCUCAGGGCCAGGGCCCAGGGUUAGGGUUUUAGGCUCAGGGCCAGGGCCCACGGUUAGGGUUUUAGGCUCGGUGCCAGGGCCAAGGGUUAGGGUUUUAGGGUCAGAGACAGGGCCCAGGGUUAGGGUUUUAGGGUCAGGGCCUGGGCCCAGGGUUAGGUUUUUAGGGUCAGGGCCCAGGGUUAGGGUUUUAGGGUCAGAGCCCAGGGUUAGGGUUUUAGGGUCAGGACCCAGGGUUAGGGUUUUAGGGUCAUGGCCCAGGGUUAGGGUUUUAGGGUCAGGGCCUGGGCCCAGGGUUAGGGUUUUAGGGUCAGGGCCCAGGGUUAGGGUUUUAGGGUCAGGGCCCAGGGUUAGGGUUUUAGGGUCAGGACCCAGUGUUAGGGUUUUAGGGUCAUGGCCCAGGGUUAGGGUUUUAGGGUCAGGGCCCAGGGUUAGGGUGAUUUCCAGGAAGUGACCUCACAGUGACUCAAGCUACCACUUACUGUUGAUUGUGAUGAAAUGCCAGCUGAGGCACAUGCCUUGGGGGCUAAGUGGUUGCUGCCCUUGACUACUAUGAAGACUGGUGUGGGAAGGGUCGCUUUGGAUGCACUUGAGCAGGGGUCCCCAACCCCUGAGCCAUGGAGCCGUAAGGAGCCACACAGCAGGUGAGUGGUGUCGAGUGAGGGAGUGAGGGAAGCUUCGUCUGUAUUUACAGCCACUCCCCUUUGCUCACAUUCCCGCCUGAGCUCCACCUUCUCAGAUGAGCAGCAGCAUUAGAUUCUCAUAGGAGAACGCACCCUGUUGUGAACCGUGCAUGUGAGGGAUCUAGGUUGCGCUGUUCUUAUGAGAAUCUAAUACCUAUUGAUCUGUCACUUUCUCCCAUCACGCUCAGGUGGGACCAUCCAGUUUCAGGAAAACAAGCUUAACACGCCCACUGAUUCUACAUUAUGGUGAGUUCUAUAAUUAUUUUAUUAUAUAUUCCAGUGUAAUAAUGGAAAUGAAGUGCCUAAUAAACGUAAAUGUGCUUAAAUCUUCUGGCCCAGCUCCUACCUCCCGGCAGCCUCGCCAGGCCCAGAACUCUCUCCAGUCAGCCUCUACAGACCAAGCUCAUGACUCACAAUGGCCUAUUUAGGCCCAUACCCUACCUCACGGCAGUCUCCGCAGAUGAGCCUACUGCCUCACAACAGCCUCCACAGGCACAGCUCCAUCGUUACAAUGGCCUCUUUAGACCCAGCUCCUGCCUCCCAGCCUUCUCUCCAGGCCCUGAACUUUCUCCGUAAGUUGAGGUAGCUGGGACUGUAGGUAUCCAUGACGAUACUUGGCUAAUCUUUAAAUGUUUUGCAGACAUGGGGUCUCACUUUGUUGGCCAGGCUGGUGUCAAACUAAUGGCCUCAAGUGACCCUUCCACCCCUGCCUCCCAUCCUUGAGGUAUGUGCCACCACAAGGGGCACUUGUUCAAUUUUCUAAAGAAAAAAUUUCCAAAGUAAGGCUGUGGGAUGAUGGCAGGAAGAUAAAAGAAAAACAGAAGAAUAAGUUAAUAUGACUUAUUCACACAUAUUCUUUUGACAGCAAGAAGAAUUUUUAGUAUAUACAUUCCUUACAAACAAACAAACGGCAGAUAAACAAUGUUGUAUAGGAACUUCAACACACACUGUACAAUAUUCCCACUUUGCUGACAUAAGUUAUGGAAAUUUCGUGGUUUCCUUGAGUGUCACUACCAGUAUUUUGCUUCUCUGAUGAUUUUUAUCAACUUCCUCAUCUGUUAACUUCUCUCCAAAGUAUGUCAUGUCACGACAUACUGCCGCUGCACGAACACGGGCAGUGUCUUCCUAUUAAACAUGUAGAAUGCUUUCCUAAUUUCUCUUUUUACUCUCUGUCUUUGUGUUCUGCAUUUUCCUUACUUUUAUUGUCAGAAACUCCAGAAAGUCAAUCGUACUAAUUUAUCACGAUUUGCUUUAUUAAUUUAUACUAUGCUUAUAUGGAAUUUUGCCCAACAGACCUCAUUACAAUUUGGGCCAGGGCCCAGGGUUAGGGUUGUUUCAGGGUCAGGGCCAGGGCCCAGUGUUAGGGUUGUUUUAGGGUCAGGGCCAGGGCCCAGGGCUAGGGGUGUUUUAGGGUCAGGGCCAGGGCCCAAAGUUAGGGUUGUUUUAGGGUCAGGGCCCAGGGUU